ACCAACGAUGAAUUUUAACUGACCAAGAUGUCAGCCUCCAUGAAUGCUGUGUUUUCUCGGUUUUCAAGAUUGUGUUUAAACCAAGGUAUAACCCUACGGACAGUUCAUACUCAGGUGUCACCGCUGUUAUUUAAAGUAUCAGAACAGCUAUGUGCCGAACCUAUGAAAAAGAAGAAAAAGGUCGACCCUAUGAAGCAGUUCGCUAAAGAAGCUAAAAAACUCAAAAAGAUUGAAAGAGAAAUCAGACGAUUGGACAAAAAAGGACGUAUUUUAAAGCCUAUUGAUGAAUUGGACAGUGUGAGACGGUUAUCGAAAGAACUUGAAUUGAGAAAAAGAGAAAGGACAGUUGUGUCAUUCGAUGAAAUGGAAAAUAGAGUGCUGCUAUAUAAAGAUUGGACUCGUUAUAAAGCUCAACAACGUCGACUUGAUUCUAUUACACUUAGACGUCUUCAGAAUUCACAGACCAAAGCGCUGGAUGAAUUAAGAAAAGAAUCUGAGGACCUUUAUCAAAAAGCCAUACAGAUUGAUGAAGGAAUGCUUGAGUUACGUAUUACUGGACCAUUAUCAACCCCUCCAAUAAAAUCUUUUGAGCCCACAGAUGGGGAAUAUGUCGACAAAACUAGAAAAUUCGAUGAAACAGAAAUAGAGAUACCGAAAAUAGAGUUGACUUCUAAAAGAAGACGGACCUAAGUGUGUCAGCAUUGGGAUCUAGCAGUUUCCUUAUCAGAUAUGUUUUGUGUUUGAAUUCUGGCUUGAGAUUGGUUUACAUCAGUCUUGCCAUUGGCUAGAUCUGAGAUCAGGGUCGCGUUUCACAAAGCAGGCGUAUAGAUAUGCGUAAUUGUAAAUCAAACAUUUUAUUAUACAGUGUCUUGAAAAUGAAAUGAAAUGGGGUUUAAUGGCCUACUUAUCUAUUCCAAGAAAGAGUCUUUUCCCCUUGUCAGUGACGUAGAAUGGAUGGUCUGGAAAGGAACAGUGCUUAGUCGUUCGGAUGGUAUGUAAAUCCAACGUCCCAUGGACAGAAUUCGAAGUAUGAGUGGGCCUUCACCCCCGUCCAGGCAAAAUUCUCCUCAGAGCACACUGUAUGAAAAGUAGGACAUUAAACCCCAAUCUAUAUUUAUUAACUCGUUAAUCUGCAAUCUGAUUAAAACACAGAUCCUAUAUCGUUUGUUUCUUUAUAGUUUAAAAUUUUGUUUUACUUCUCUUUACUACACUAGGAUCUGAAAGAGUUGUUAUAAAACCCAAGGGGGGUUGGAUGGCUGAAUGGUUAGCGUGCGCGCGCUGUAUCAUACAGUCUGUCAUUGAGUCGACUAGGGUCGCCUGUCCAACCUUGUGGGUUUUCUCCGGGUCCUCCGGUUUCCUCCCACUGCUAAAGAUCCCUACGCGCAAGCGAAUUAUGUAAAUAAAAUUAAACCAUAUGUUAGUCCCGAAAUGACCUAGUUUGUGUCGAGUGGACGUUAAACCCCAUUUCUCUCUCUCUCUCUCUAUAAAACCCACGUUAUUGUUGUGAAGGAUUAGCCAAUGAAACGGUCUGUUGUAGCGAGUUCUUGGCGUGCAAUGCACAGAACUGUGGGUAUCAUACUAGAAACAUCAACAAAAUUGGUUGUCGAAAGCCGCUCGUAUGACCUCUGACGUGAUCUCCCACUACAACUGAUUAAAUCUUCAUGUUGUGUAGGCCAUUGAAAGUAUAAGAAAUACAGAACGAAAUAUAGAACUGUAUUUGAAUCAGAUUGUACAUAUCUAGUAUUAAACAUACAUUAUGCAAGAGCUAAAUCUGCCUAUUGCAGGUCUUUCUUUAGGCCUGAAAUCUUAUCUAAAUAAUUAAUUAGACAUUAAUUAACUUAUCUAGACCAUAUUCAACUCUCGACGGCAUCAAUAGACUACGAUAUUUACUAGAUUAGGUUCCGAUUUGCUGUUCGACUUCCAUUCAUUUAAAUCAUGAAAUGGAUAACCGAGACUAUGUUUUUUUGUCAUAUCAAUUUUAGUAAUGAUGAUCAAGGCUAGGCCGGAAAUUCAAUUGCUAAAAUCUCGGUUCAUAGUGGAUCAAUUUGACAGAAAUUUUCAGCAAAUUCCCUUUACAUUAUCUAGUUUUUAACUAUUAUAGUGAGAACUGCCAUCUCUUUAUCUAAUCUUCCAUAAUGUAUCUUUAAACUGUACAUGUAUAUGCUGUUUAUAUAGAGAUGUCAGAUUAAUAACAGUUUUAAUUUGUU